AUUGAUUCUUCUCCCCGUCGCCGAGCACAAUCCCAGACGUAUCCUUUUCCCUGCCAGCAAGAUUUGUGGACGGACGUGCUGGCCUGAGCCCUGCCAGCUGGAACAACUAACAUAGUUGUUCAGACGACCGGACCGUUUUUGUCGCAACCGCAAGCGACAAUGAUGUAAAGGAGUCACAAUACAGCCUGAGUUCUGACCUUAAUGAUUAAAGUCCCAGCUGUACAAUCUUCUCUCACCUUUGGGAGUACUUACUACCCUCGGCUUCAGCUGGCCUGCUCUCACAAGUAAGCAGGUCCUAGUUCCCAUCGUCAUACCAGCACACAAGGGUGAAGAAACACAGGAAUCUUUGAUAACAGAGAUCUGUCAGGGACAAGACACAGCAGCCCCUUUAAACAGAGAUGGCUGACUUCCUCUCCGACCUGGUUCAGUACCAGAAAUUCUUUCAAAUGAUAUUUGUGCUGGGAAUUGGUGGGACCCUCCAAAUUGGCUUUCAAGUUGCUAUGAUCACCUAUACUUCCACGCAUGUUAAGAGUUUUAUCAAUGAAACUUGGCUGGAGCGAUAUGAUUCUCCCAUUCAGUCUGAGAACCUCUUGUUGCUGUGGUCAUUCAUUGUAUCUAUCUUUGGUAUUGGGGGAAUCUUGGGAUCUAUGAGCAGUGGAUACCUGAGUGUAAAAUAUGGCAAAAAGAAAUGUCUAAUGGGCAACAAUUUGCUCAUGUUAGUGUCUGCACUUUUCCUGGGCUUCAGCAGGAUGGCCAGGUCCUUUGAGAUGAUUCUUAUAGGACGCUUGCUAUGUGGCAUGAGUGCAGGUUUCGCUUUGCUUCUACAUCCUCAGUAUAUUGGGGAAAUUUCCCCCAAGAAGCUACGUGGAUUUGGAAACUCUACUGCCGCUGUUUUUUGGGCUCUAGGAAAAUCCAUAGGGCAAGUUAUGGGACAAAGAGAGCUUUUAGGAAGUAAAUCCUUGUGGCCUAUGCUGAUGGCCUUGGGUGGAAUUCCAGCAUUGGCCCAACUGGUCAUUCUGCCAUUCUUUCCUGAGUCCCCACCCUACUUCCUGAUACAUAAAGGAGAUGAGGAAGGCUGCAUGAAAGCCAUGAAACAGCUUUGGGGUGAAGGGCAUCAUCAGGUUGAGAUUGAUGACAUGCUGAAAGAGAAGAGUGCAAUGAAAAAUACAAAAGUCAUGAGCAUCUUGGAACUAUUGAAAGAAGCUUCUUUUCGAUGGCAGCUGUACACCUUAAUUUCCCUUUCAUUUACAAUACAGCUUUCUGGCAUUAAUGCAAUCUACUUCUAUGCACUUGAUGUGCUCCACACAGCAGGGUUUGAUGAAGGCACUAUCUCCUACAUGUCACUGGGAAUUGGUUUCUGUGAACUUAUCUCUGCUAUAUUCUGUACCAUCAUCAUUGAGCGGUGUGGCAGAAAGGUACUGCUUUGGUGUGGCUACUGGAUCAUGGCUUUCUUAGCGGCAGUCCUCACGGUGACACUCUCACUGCAGGAUUGGUUCUUCUGGGUGCCGUAUUGCAGCCUCGGUUUGAUUAUCAUAUAUGUGAGUUGCUUCGCAAUUGGGCCAGCUGGUGCUACAGCAUCCAUUAGGGUUGAAAUCUUUGACCAGUCAUCCAGACCACCUGCCUUUGUAAUUGGUGGGUCUCUCAACUGGACAGGACUCUUUGUGAUUGGCAUGAUUUUCCCAUUUAUUGUGAAACAAAGGGAAAAUCUGCAAUGGAAAUCAGAGAAGAAUUCAACAAGUUAAAUUUUAGGAAGAAGUGUCCCCCAGACAUUGAAAAGAACUUCACUGAGGAUUAUACCUUCUGUACCAAGCUCUGAUUUACCAUCAGGGAAGACAGCAUCUCUUAAAAAGCAAGGGAAAAGAAAUAUUUCUCACUUUCAGACUGGCAAGUAAACCAAAAUGGACUUUUGAUUUUAAUCUGUCAUUUACUAUUCCCAUUUUGCCUAAGCAUCGCAUGUUUUCAGACAUGGUGUUCUCUGGACGACACAAAAGCAAGAUGAUGUCUGUGAGUAAUGGAUACAGAAUUCAAGAUUGCUAUGGCAGAGCAUGCUGGUUUCACUCAAUGAAAUGUGUAUCUUCUUUCAUAAUUUCUGUCAAUGAAGCAAAAUUUCAAAUUUUGCUUAAGUUUUUUAACACUUCUCUGAUGAAUCAUAGAGAAGAGAAGGCAUGCAGACUCACUUCUCCUAAAGGAAUUUCAACUUAUAUUUCACAACAAAGAACCUGGACUAUUUAAGUUAUUGAUUUGCUGCCCAAAGCUGGUUAAGUUCAGUCUGUGAUGGACCCAGGAAAAGUUAAAUGGUAUAUGAAAUAAAAUCCAAUGUUGCUUUAGACUCUACAACACAGAACUGGAGAAUUUUAGGUCUACAUUAUUCAGUUCUUACGUGAACUGCUUUCAGACCUGUGCAAGAUUUUUUUUUUUGUUUGAAAAUCCAGUAGCAUUGGUAGUCUGAGUUCCUCUAUGCUUCCUGUUUGUUCUGUUUCUAGAUGAUGCUUGGUCUGUCUGCAUCCUCCUCCUUGUCCUGGGUCUCACUAAUCUGACUGCUGCCUUCAUAUUACAUGUACCAUUUGCUAGGUAACAACACACUUCUAAAACUAAACUAGCUUUUUAUUAAGAUAACUAUUUUAGCGAUGCUGAAACUACAAGUCUCAUUCUUUCCACAUGUGCACAGACUGGCUCCUUGGUGCCUCCUCAAAACUUUUCCUUCCUAUAAUGUGGUACUUGUGAAGCAUAGGUUUUGAAGGGACAAAUACCACAUUGUAGGAAGGAAGAGUUUUGAGGAGGCACCAAGGAGCCAGUCUGUGGGCAGCAGUCAGCUUAGUGAAAUUUGGCAGAGGGUCACUGUAGAACGCAUGAGGAAAUGGGUUCACCCUGCUUGCCAACUCUUUCCAGGUCCCACCUCACCUCCUGGCUCUUGCCUACCACGACUUUGAUGUUUUUUGUUUGUUGUUGAGAGAAGGGUCCCUGGGGCUGGGAGUAGCCCCACAGGUGCCUUAUCUGUCUGGCUAGGCCAGCACCAUCUGGGGCCUCUGCUCUCCCUUGGCACUUCCCCUUUAUGAGAGUGCUCCCAUAGAUGUCUACGGGCUCAGCCAGGCUUCACCCAUCACAGCCUUGCCCCUUUUUCUCCGGCUGCCUCCUCCACCUUGCUCCACUGAUUAGUGCCUGAGAUCCCCGGUAUCAGCCCUGCCUUAAUGGCAGGCCCUCGUGUGGGUCCAACCUUACUACACUAGUCUCUGCCCCUCUGGCUUGGGGCUAACUUCUGGCACCUAUAGCAGAGGAACGCACCCAGGCAGUCCUGCUCCUGGCCUCCUCUUCCCCUGUAGCCACAAUCCGGUCCUCCACUCUCAAGUUAAAAAAAAUGGAAUAUAAAAUACAAGCCAGCUGCUUCAUAAAACAAAUAGCCUCCCUCCCUCAGGUUCAGUGUUGCCCACAGGCUCUACUUCCACUGGAGCUAUCUUACCUCCAGCUCCCCCAGAUUAGUUUAGAUGCCUGCCUGUUCAUCUCCAGCAGCCCCGCUCUCCUAGAAGCUUCUUUUCCUCCUGUAGGGACUGCUGCCCUAGCAUGCUCAGAGACUGGGCUUGUAUCUCCCAGCUCAGCCUCUUUCCAGUUAGGUGACUCAGUAGUGGCCUUAGGGGAGGGCAAACCAGGUGACUGCCUGGGGCCCCAUACUUUAGGGGGCCUAAAUUUUGGGGGGUGAAGUUUUUGCAAGGAAGUUCCUCCUCAAAAUUAAGCCUCUAAGAGGUCCCAAAUGACCCUCUUACUCAGGGCCCUAACAACCCUAAGGCUCCGCUCCCUACCCCCAGGAACCAGGUGCAGCUAAUUGCUUCAUUAGCCCCUGGCCUUAAUCCCUGGCUCAGUCCACCUGGGCUUGUACUCCUUACUGCCCUUCCUGGCCCUGGUUUCCUACCCUUUCAGGUCUUCCUAAUAACAGGAAAAGGGGUUCCCUGUUACAGUCAUCUGAAUCUCAAUUUUCUAUCCAUAGUGUGUAAAUAAUUAUCUACAAAAUAAUUAAAAAGGUAUUAGCUAUAUUUAAGCGUGUCAAAGGUGAAAAAUCUCACUGAAAAAAAGGCUGGUUAGAAUUUUUUGAAGAGGACUACAUCAAAAACAGCAGAAGUUUAAAAAAAUGAAGCAUAACAUGGACAAUAUCUUUAGGAAACAAUAUGUUUGUGCUUUGGUGGUCUGAGAAAAAUUAUUUCUCAUUUACCAGAAUUAUGUGCAUUUGAAAAUUAUGCACUAUGAAAUAGACAUUUUUAAAUUUACACUUGGUUGUAAUUCUAGAAAGACAGUAUUCAUGAAUGCACAGCUUGGGGAGAAUGCACAUAACUCUGAAAAAAAACACACCCAAAAAACCAAAAACCACAUUUCUUAACCCACAUAACCACUUCUGCUACUAGUAUACUUCCCCAAGAUUAUUAUUUUUUCUUUGUGGUAGCACUCACACAGCACCAGGGUAGUUUAGGAUGAAUGAAGAGCUGUAGUUAGUAUUUUAACUGAUUAUGGCUCAAAGAACUGUAAGUAACUAAAUUACUCUGAUCUGAAGCUGCCAAGAAGCUCCACAAAACUAGUGCUUUGCUCAUGAACAGUUUGAGCUUUCAUUCUCUUGGAAUUUCCUUUGUUAAUAGCAAGCAAAGGAUGCUUGCACCUUUUCCCUUUGGGUUGGUGAAGGAAAACAUUUCAGCCUUUCUCCUCCAUUUUUACUGUCUAUUUUGUGUGUGUGUGAGUGGAAAAUAAUUCUUUGCAUAUUGUAAAGGAGUCACAGAAAAAAAGAAAAGGUGGUAGGACAGAGCCAGCCAAGCUCUGGGAGAAACAUCAAAAGGUAACAUUAGAGACCAGGAAAUGAGAAAGGUCUCCAGUUCUGAAAUAGAGUGAUACUCCUAGGCCAGAAGUGUGUUUAAAGCAAUGUUGAACUAUUUUCCCAAAGGGACAUAUGGUUCCAAACCUGGUCCGCUACAAUACAGAUCAUUACUGUGGCUUUUAUCAGGGUAAACAGAAGCUGCACUCCUGGGAGAGCACCAAGGGAGGCCAAGACCGCUGACUUAGAAAGAUGGAAACUUUUAAUGAGACUGAUGGGUUCUGAGAAUGUGGCAAGAAGAAUAUUUAUUGGAUAUGUUUUUGGAUGGCUAAUGAAGGUUUGGGGCAAGUCAAUGUUUAGAAGAGCUUUGUAGAAAUAAGAGAAGCUUCAUGAGGAAGUCAUAGAGCACAAGAAGGUAUCAUAAAUACAUCAAGUUUAUCACAAUAAAGUAAUGCUCAGCUUCCCAAA